AUUAACUAGUUCUAUACAGAUAAGAUAAUGCGUUAGUGCCAUAGUGGUUUUUGUUAAUCAAGCGGUCACCACGUCUUUAGCGCACAUCACUCUAGUGGAAAUAGUUUCACGUUGACUGAAGAUAAAGGAAAAAACUGUAUACAGAUUAGGCGAUAUAUUAUCACAUUAUCAAAGAUUAUCGCAAGCCACGAGAUAGCGUUGGAGUUUAAGACAUACAUGUAACUAAUCAGACCAAAGGCCGGACGAAACGUGUUUACUUUUAUUUAAUUUUUGUGACGUACAUCUGUUCGUGGUUCCCUACAAUGUCCACUCGAGAAAGUGAUCACGCCGAUGGGAACGAUCUAAUAACAAAAGAAUAAUGUGAUCAAUAUAUUUAACAUUGCAGUGAGUGUACACUUGCCGUGUGGCGGCCCUGGGAACACUUAUUAGUUCGAGCGUCGCCGUCGUUCGAUUUCGUCGACAAAUUGUUAUCGUUACUGCCAUUGCCAUGAUUAAACGGUUUGUACAGGUGUAACGUUGUGCGCUAGUUACGUCUUGAUAAAUGUUUCUCUCAGUUAAAUGCAGUGACUGUAAUUGCGCUGGCAGCAAAGUGAUGUGAUACUAGUGAGGUUUGUGAAGUGUGACAACAUGGAUAGAUUUAGGCAAAAGUCUAAAAAGGAAAAGCCCUUGAAGUAUGUUGAGAAAGAUCAAUCUCCCUUAUUUAUCACUGAUGUGAAGGCGAUAAAGGAAAACCUGAAAAUAAAAGAGAUUCUAAGAACUGUCAAAAUGAAUAGUAGUAUGCGAAUAAAAGCACCAAAGGGCAGCAAAGUGAUGCAAAAUAAAGAUUUUAACGAUAAUGAAGAUAUUUUUGGCGGGGAACAAAGUACUGAAGUUCCCAUUAACACGGAACCACCCAGCGCAACAAACCCUGAUGUUAUCGUAACGAACACUAAUGGUGAAGAAAUUAACGAAGAGACUAGCGAAGAGGCUAGUGAAGCUAAACCAGAAGAAGAAGUACCUUCAGAUAAAACAGAUGAGUCGGAUGGAGAAUCCACUGUCGAUGUUAAUGAAAACAACGGUUCCAUUAAUACGCAGAUACACGAGUCCGUUAGCGUACCAGAAGCAUUAUCGGAUUUCGUGCUAAUUAAUGAUGAUGAAAACAAACAAAACAUACAAGAUAUCUCGGACGUGAAGAAAAUGUUGCCGCCCCUGGGGGAGAGUUCACAUGUAAAGGCUCGUGACAGAAAACUUUCUCUGGACCAGACUAUGCUAUCUAGACGCGGAGGUUUGUCGCAAUCAGAAUUAGAUCUUAAUUCCAUUGGUAAAUCCCCGUUGGAGAGGAAAUCAUCAUUUUUCCGAAAAAAAAUGGAUAGCUUCUUGAGAAACACGACUGAAAUAUUUAAGCGCCAAUCAAUUAGUAGAAGCCAGUCUAUUCAGAGAAGAGGUUCCAUGUCAGUAUCCCUUCAGUCACUGACCGAGAAUGCUGCAUACAAUGGUGAUUAUGGCGCACCCCUGCACAAUCAUCAAGAGGAGUUGCAGAGGAGCGUAUCGAGCCUGCAGUUGUCGCCGACAGCCGCGCGCGCCGGCUCCAGCCGGUCCACGUCACAAGGCGAGCUGCCCAUGGACCCGCUCAGCGAGGGCGACAGCCUGGCCGGCAGCCGCCCCGCGCUCGCCGGCAGUCAGCCUCUCCCAGACAUCUCACCUAGUAUACAAAGUCUAAACGAAUCUUACCUGAGUGAAGCCAUGCUGAACCGCGCCAUAUCUAUGAGUUCGGGACUGGAUUCAGCGACCGGGCAGAAUCGAAGGAAGUCCAGAUCUAACAGGGUCACAUGGUUAGCCAGUGAGGGGGUAACGAACUACUUUCGGCGACUGACUCAAGACGAAAAGAGUAAGGAACUGAAUCCUGGUUAUUCAUACCCAGACUUCUCCACGAUUCCUGAGAACAACUUGGAAACGAAGACCGACUCGAAAGGCCGGAGGCUCUCAUACCAGCGCGCGGUGUCGGGCGAGGACCCACGCUAUCAUGAAUCUGCGAUUAAAAAAAAGCUUACAUCUGAUAACUCCGAGAGUAUUCCAAACCUGGUGGCAAUACUAGCAGAUUUCGAACUGAACGGGAUACCAGAGCUGGAAGGGUUUACUCUCACUGAAAUCCCUGACGAAGCUUUAGAAUAUCUUCGCUGGGCAGAAACUCCUUCGAAUUUGGAAGAAUUUAUAGCAUAUAGAAUCGCUCUAUGCCCAGACUUGCCGGCCGAGGAGGAGGCCAGGCAGGCCGUGAUCAAAGAGUUGAUCCAUACUGAAGCUGUUUACAUCCACCAUUUGCUGACCAUUGUCCGGUUAUUUAUAGCUACUGCUCACGCCCUGCAAGAACGCGGCAGAUUGCUGGACAUAGAUACUGCGAAGCUGUUCACCAACAUACCCGAUAUCUUAAAUGCCAGCCUCUGCUUUUGGGAAAACUCUUUGUAUCCCAUGAUAGCAGUGGCCAACGAAAGCAAAUGCCCAUUCAACACGGAAAUCAUGGCUCCCGGGUUUUUGCAUUUCCGGGAAAUGUUCUUGCCAUAUGAAAAAUACGUCAAAUGCCAAAAAAGUGCUUUGGACUACUUACGCUCCCUAACUAACAACUCAGAUUUCAUGUACUACUUGUCAUGGUGUUACCGUCGUUUAGCGUGUAGCAGUCCGUUUUCUUUCAGACUCCAGCUUGCAGACAUAAUGGUAAAACCAAUGCAGCGCCUGACGAAAUACAGUUUGCUUUUGCAACGUAUGCUCAGUCACACCCUUACGGAACCAGAAGCUUCCUCCCUGAAGGCUAUGGAAGCAUGUGCUAGAAGCUACGUAACAGAUAUAAAUAGAUCAAUACGACAAAGAGAGGAGUUGCAAAUGAUGGACUGGCUGUGCUCAUCCAUCGAGAACUACGAAAUUGACUUCCGCGAUGAAGAGAUGGAUAGAUGCUAUCGAGUAUUCGCUCAGUUGAAUCUGAAGGCGCCGAUGGUCAACUGCGCACCCAAUCACAGCCGCUCCUUGGUUCACCAGGGUGACUUGCGUUACAAGGAUAACAUUAAGGAGAUGGAAGUACGCGUGUUCCUUUUGACCGACAUGCUGCUAAUCUGCAAGAAGCAAUCUAAGGGCAACAACCACCAGUACAAGCUUGUAAGGCCAAAGUUUUUCAUCGAACGUCUGAUUAUUUACCCGAGGAGCAGCCCUCGGAACAUAAAGGAAAUAGGGUCACUGGUGUGCGUGGUCCUGGAUGAUGUCGGUUCAUCAUGCAUGGCUUUCACCUUGAGCGAAACAACAUCCAAGGAUUCGAACGCUCAGAAUUGCCUCAAGUAUUGGGAGCAUAAACUGCGUGAAGCGAGAAUCACAUAUGAACUUGCUAUGUGGUUCUACAAGAACCCGAAUCGCGAUCUCAGCGAAAUGGACGCCGCCCCCGACACGACAUCAUCCGAAAGCGGGAGCACCGAUGGAAUGCCCAGCGCAUCUCGCCCGGGUGACAAGCCGACCCCUGAUGAAGCCAGUAUUGACCGCGAAGCUCGCGAGCGCGUUGCUGCCAUGCUCCACCGCAGAUAUGUCCCUGCUGAGGCAGAAACGACAGUUUCCACGCAAACAGAAUCAUCCGACGCCGAAGGGAAUACAACUCCAGGCAGGAGCAGCUCGCGUAACCAAAUUCAACGCACGUCCACUGGAGGCAGUUCAAGACUGUCCAGUUUUCAACAAUCAAGUGCUGCGUCUAACGAUGACUCGGAGCCGGGGCCUAGCCGUCAGGAGUACGAAGCCGGCUCUUCUGUUGAGCACAUCAUACCGCCUUUGCACCCAGAUGAUGCUGGAACAUCGAUCACUGUGAACGUGGUCAGUGACAGUGAGACGACCCUCGUGCCGGCACCGCGUCCUGUGAGCUCACAAGGUGUCCCAGUGAUGGUAAGACAAGGGUCCGGGACAGCGGCAACAAUAGCUGCUGCCGCGGUAAUGCCGGUCACAGCCGCAAUGGCAGCCGCUGCUGCCAAGGCCGCGGCAGCACCUGCCGUAGUUGUCAAGACGAGUGGGCCCCCGACACCUGCGGCGGAGCCAUCAACAUCAGGAAAGGCCGUUACGCCAGCGGCAGCCACAGCACCGCCGCCAUCGCCUUCGACGUCUCCUCAACCACCGCUGGUGGUCCUGCAGCACUCGCCGACGACGAAGGGGUCGCAGCUCGGGCGGCCCGUGUUCCCCGGGCGCAACAUGCUGCGCGUGCUGCCGCAGGCCUCGAUGAUGGCGCUCGUGCACAGCCUGCCCGACCUCACCGUCGACCCCGCCGCGGCCGCCGCCGCCGCUGCAGCCGCCGCCACCCCACCCAGACCACCGCAAAGCUCCGGCCCACAGACGGCGUCCGACAGGCUGUACCAGUCGCACCAGGAGCAGCUGACGAGGAACCGCCUGGCCGCGCAGCAACAUCAGCAACAGCAGCAACAGCAUUAUCUCAGCCCAGACCAACGCGGCACCAGCUACCCGCCGCCCAGCCCGUCCAGAGCUUCAUUGAAACGCGGACUGGCGUUCUCGUAUUCAUUCAAGAACCCACCAUUAUUGAAAAUGGGCCACGUGAAUAGCCAGCAAGCUGAAGCUGUGCCUUCGACAAGUCAAGGAUCUAAGGUCGAAUCGGGAGAAUCCCCUGGAGCGAGCAUGGAGAAAGCGGACAAAAAGUCCAAAACAGUAAAUACCAGUUCCUUCUUCAGUCCGGGCAGUUGGCAGUCCAAAAGCGAGGGAUGACAUAUAAGGUGCUGGCGGGUGAUGACGUUUACAAGGAACAAGGGUGGGUCGGUGAGCCCGGGCUCGCAGAAGGACGACAAGGGUGACUGACCACAACGCUGGCGCAGAGCACGUGACUGAAUGCAGCCCAUUGAACUACAUCUCAAAUGGCUUACGAAUGGUGUUCGUAGUUUCCUAUGUGGUCACCAAAUAUUCAAGUGAAAUUUUCCGCUUGAAGUGAAGCAAACAUUUUUUCCGUAGUGGUUAUAACCAUGAUACUUACUUUACGUACUAAUGCGGUACGGUACUUCGUAAUGUAGUACAUUUUGUUGAUAGCUAAUUUAUAUGCAUAUUUCAGUCUUAACUAAGUAAAUUGAAAUAAAUGUUAACAAAUAUAUUGACACCUUUUGUGUAGAAUUUCAUUGUAUAUUGUAUCUUGACUACCUAAUUACAUAAAAAAAAAUCGGAAAACUACUUGUUUAUUAUUAAUCGUUUCAUAUAUGCAUGUCAAAGUAGGACUUAGUACAUCUUUCUCAUCAUUCGUAUAAUUGAAAUUGUUGGAGACAUAUAUUAGAGGUAUAUCGUAGAGAAAAAUUUUGGUAGCCAAUUUACGGUUACUUUAUGUACAUUUAACUUCAUAAUAGUAAUAGUUUUAUUGUAAAUAGCUCCAUAAUAUUUCUGACAGAAAUGUCUAGUGAUUUUAAUAAGAUUUUUAUUCAAUAAGGUAGUGAUGUAGUAUGAUUUUUCAGUAGCUACUCAAAAUAAAAUUCUCUAAGAAAAAAAAUUAUUCAAAGGUAUUUAUCCACAUAAAACUGUCAUAAUGAAAUUCUUAUAGUAGUAAUGAUUAUCUCAUGUUUUCAAAAUAACCUUAUUAUUCGAUAAAAUUUAUGUAGAGGUGUUAAUUGAAAUAGCAAAUUGAUGAAGUUUAAUCGAAAGAAAAGAAGCGGAAGAUAUUCCACGCUUAAGGCGAUGAAUAAAGACGUUUAACAGUGCAGUGAUAAUGAAAUGAUAAUAAACGUUAAGUGUAGGUAAAUUAAUAAUUACUAAAUGUAUGUCUAUAUUAGAUUUAACGUCUAUAUUAAAUUUUUCGCAUUUUGUCGACAUAUUAAUAAUGCAUUAAGAUUGAAUAUUUAUCGUGCAUAUUCUGCAGUAAAUGAAUGGUUUAUUAUCAUGGUCAUGGUUUAAAAAUAGGUAUCUUUCAAUACUUUUAUUAAAAAGUAGGUAUUCCGCGUUGUAUAUCCCGAAUUCGAGGAAUCCCAGUAUCAGUAGCAUUUUAAAAUCUGAAUGUUUAACUAAAUAUAAUUUAAAGGAAAACAUGUUAUUUAAAGUUAUAUACUUGUAUUACUAUUAUAAUAAUAGUGAUUUUUGUCUCUGGCCCAACAAGGCUUGCAAGGAAUGAGGAUUACCAAAUAUGAUAGUCACCACAUAGUGGGCACCGGACAGCCAAAAUACCAGAAGCGGCUGAUCACUAUUCAUCCUACUACCUAUAGAUAUUUCAGAAUGUCUGCCACAUAACUUGCUCGCCUUGUCUGACUAUGUUAGAAUUAGAUAUAAAAUUAACAAAAACAGUAUUUAUAUGAAUUACUUUCCACUCUGUUUUGUGAUUAUAAUGUAGAUGGAAAUUUUUGAAAGGUGCUAUAAAAAAGUGAUAAAGGUAGGUAAGUAAUUCAUAUAAAUAGGUACUUAUUAGGUUCUUUGUUCUAUUUCAUAAUAUUUAAUGUUAUCCGAAGUGUUUAAGUAGUUUUGAAAUUAAAUGUCGUACAACCAAAA